CUGUACCAUGAAUGUCCUGGGCUUGAGCCGCUGGCGACCACUUUCGGAUGCUGCUGACGAGGGCAAUCAUUCGGAGAGAACAGAUGCGGACGCUCCAGCGCGGCCAAGCGGCAACCGAGACCGGGACUCUCGUUGGCAGCAACGACACUGCGGCUCUCGCCAUGCGCUGCUCGCACUGAUACUCCGAUAGCAACACCGGUUCAUGUUGCGAUUCUCGUAUCAAUGCCGGGGAUGUUUGGCCGUUCAGCGAGAUGCAGACGAGAGCAUUCAGCACGCUGGGCGCACACAGACAGUGCGUGCGAGGCGCGCCGAGAUGGGCGAGCCGCUCUCGGUCCUCGGCUUGUCUCGUCCCUUUUUUUUCAUUCUGGGUCACUUCCGUCUCGACCAUCUCGAUCCCACCCGAUCUAUAUCUGCAGUUGCAGCCGCCUCUCACCCGCCCCGUCUCCCGUCCAACGCACACAAGCAUGUCGAGCAAGAAGGAAAGGAGAGCCCAGAAAAAGGCAUCGGCCCAAGUCCUGUCGACCGCCGCGAGUGCCCCCCUGCCCGAGCCCCCACAGUCCCAGUCCCAGUCCCAGUCCCAGACCCAGUCGCCAACUCUGAAGGCUCGAACCGGAUGGGCCGAUGAUAAGGACAGGGCUGUUUCAGCCAAGUUUGAGGACGACUCGGCCUCGGCCACCACCCCAUCGAAUGUGUCUCCGCAUGCCGUCUCGACGCCGACAGCCAUCAAGGGUCGCCGCGGCUCCCUCGGCCACAGUCUCCUGGGGUCGCCCAACUCGCGAUCGCCGCAGAAGGCUUCGUACGAAGACCGGCUCUUCUCGGAUCCAAACGAGCAGCUGAAGAAGAAGGCCAACGAACCCGCCCCUGAGCCCAGCGCGCUGAGUGUCCCCGACUCGGGCACAACCACUCCCGUCGAGAAGAAGGUCAAGCCUCCCAAGCCCAACAACAAGCCCGAGGGUAUCGAGGAGAAAAAGUCGCAGAAGCAGAUGACCAAGGCCGAGCGCCGGGAGCUGCAGGAGCGACAGCGAGCCGAAAAGGCUGCCCGCCAAGCCGAGGCAGCUGCUUCCGCCGGUAAGCCUGGAGGCAACAACGCAGGAAACAGCAAGGCCCAGCAGCCCAAGACACCGGCAAAGCAAGCCCCCGCUCCCAAUUCAUCCGGCACUAGCGAUGCGAGCCGAUCUGUUACGAGCCAGCCGAGCGGCCGAGCCGACGAGCAGUCCAAGAAAAAGUCCAAGGGCGAGCGGGUGCAGGACGCCAAGAUGGUUCCGCUGUUCUCGCAUCUGGACCAGUACCGCCAGCAAGCGCACAUGGAUGCCGAAAUCAAGUCGCAGGGCCUUAUCCACCCGGCCAUCAUGGACCUGGGGCUACUGUUUUCCGAGUUUAUUAUCACGGGUGGAAAUGCCCGCUGCAUGGCGAUGAUGGAUGUCUUCAAGCAGGUCAUUGGCGACUACGUGACCCCCCAAGGCACCUCGCUGCAGCGACACUUGACCUGGUACAUCAGCAAGCAGAUCGAUUUUCUGACCAACACUCGAGCACUGGCGGCCAGCAUGCGAAAUGCUAUCCGCUACGUCAAGAACGAAAUCGCCAAGAUCUCCAUCGACACCCCCGACAACGAUGCCAAGGAGCUCAUCUGCAAGAAGAUUGACGAGUUCGUCAACAAGCGCAUCAUCGAUCCCGACGCGAUGAUUGUCGAAAACGCCCUAAAGAAGAUCCAAGAUGGCGAUGUGAUUCUGAUCUACGCACACUCGUCUGUUGUUGCCCAGCUGCUUCUGGAGGCGCAUGCCGAGAACAUCAAGUUCCGAGUCAUCGUUAUCGACUCGAGGCCCAAGUUUGAAGGCAAGGAGGUCCUCAAGAAGCUGGUUGGCGCAGGCGUGCAGUGCACCUAUGCGCUGACAAAUGCCCUGGGCAUGUUGAUGAAGGAGGCCACCAAGGUGUUCCUCGGCGCCAGCACCAUGCUGCCAAACGGCGCUCUGAUGUCGCGGGUCGGAACGUCGCUUGUCGCAAUGAUGGCGCACGACGCCAAGGUGCCUGUGAUUGUUUGCUGCGAAGCCUACAAGUUCACGGACAUUGUGCGGCUGGACUCGUUUGUCUGGAACGAGCUGGGCAAUCCUGAGGAGCUGGCCGAUACCUCGGUCAUGGCCCCGUCGUCGCGGCAGCCGUCCAUGUCGGCAGCCAACCGCGCUUCGUCGGGGGUGCUGGGCGGAUGGAGAGACAUUCCGCCCCUCAAGCUGCUGAACCUGCACUACGACAUCACGCCGCCGCAGUUCAUCACCGUGGUCGUCUGCGAGCACGGACUGAUACCAAGCACCAGUGUGCAGACCGUGACUCGCGAGAUCCCGAUUCCGUUUUGAGGACGGCGAGCCAACCUGUCUCGGAAGGAACCUGCGCGACUGCCGUCCCUGGCCUCGACCGACAAGCACGCGGUGGGUCAGGCGCCGCAAAAGACGAGCCAUAUGACUUGCGUUCUCCCGCUCUGCCUCCUUUCUCGUCAUCGCUCUGUUGCGCCUGCAUUUACUUCUCUCGAUGGCUGGUCACUCGCCCGACGCUUCCCUGGUUGCCGCUUUGUUUAGUGCAGCUAACAACGAUAUAGUUCUCUGGACCCAGGGGCUGUACAACACGGGCUCUGUGUCGUACUGGUGGUGGUAGAGCCGUCGUGCUCGCCCCAGAAGUCGAGCUUGCCAACGUGUAAGCGGUGGUGGCUGCCGGAGUGUGCAACAGGUGUGCGUGGGCAGGGUUCGGG